UUUUUUAUCAUUAGUUUCUUUAUUCUAUUUGACAAGAAUUAAACAAUUUUGUUAUAUUCAAUUGUUAAACAAUAUGAUUCAUUAUAAUGAUUUAAUUAAUGUAUAUCAAUAUAGUCAAUUGAAUAGGUAUAAUUUAUGUAAUUAUUAUCUUAUAUGGUAUUUUAUAUUAUCUUAUAUAUUUGCAAUUCCAUUUCAUAGAAUACAAUCAGAGAUUACAGUCAGUUUACCGGAUACUUAUCAUUCACAUAUAAAAGAUUAUCAUAUAAUCAAUUUUAAACAAUUAAAUCAAGAGAAUAUAAAUAAAAAUAAACAAAAUACAAGUUUAUCAUUAAAUAAACAAAUGAAUAAUAUUAUAAAUAAUUCUAAUUUAACUACAAUAAAAGAGCAUAGUUUAUAUAAACAGUAUUAUAGACAACAAUUAUAUCAGCCAACAGAAGCUUUACACUUUCAAUCAGGUUCAUAUUUCAUUAAUAAACCAUUACAUGUUAAUACACAUAAUCAAUAUUUAAAUGAAUUGGAACAAUACUAUUCAAAUAUUUGGUUUCAACAAAGAAAACACUUGACAACAUCUAAAUAUCGUUCUAAUUUAUGGACUACAUUACAUGUUGAGAAUUGUUAUGAAGUCAAACCAGCUCCAGACUUGUUAUCUCAAGAAGAAAUUCAUUGGUAUGAAAGAAAUCUAUUCAAUUAUGAUAAUAAAAAACGUUUUUCAAGACAAACUAAAAGAAAAUAUAAAAAUUAUCAUAAGAAGUUACCUGGUUUAAAAAGUCAAUGGCUUCGAAAUAAAAGAAAUUGGAUCAAAUCUCCUAAAAGUUUUGCAUGGCUGACAAGGAAACAGAAUAAAAAUUAUUCUUUAUUGAGGUCAAAACGCUCGGUUCAUGAAAAUGAAAUCACUGCAAAUGAAAAAUUUAAAGUAUCUAGUAACACAGUUGUAACCAAUCAGAAUCAUGGAAAUAAAUCUGCGUUAAAUCAUCAUUCUACAAAUAAUGUUGUUGCUGUAAUUACUGUGCACAAAAUUGCUAUUCGUCCAUCUGUAUUAAUUUUAAAACAAGGAAAUGUUCAAGCACGCAUACAGUAUGUUAUGCAAUUACAUAAAGAAUUAACUGAGCAAUAUCGGCUUAUUUUAGAAGUACGUAUAAAUCCAGAAUUUCCUCCGUUAUACAUAGGAGUUAUCCAGAAUGUAUGUGAUUACUGGCCAGCAAAUGUUCCACAAUCAAAAUGUUCAUUGAAAAGACCUAGAUUUUAUCAGAAAAAUACAAUGUGCUUUUGUAAUAUGCCACCGGGUAUUUAUAGACAACGUGUGAAAUUGAAUCUUAACAAUAUUCUAGAUGAACUUGAAUUACCGCGAUUUUUAGUUAAUUUCUUAUUUUCUGAUAAGAAACUUGAUGUUCAUAUUACAAUCAAACUAGAAAUGGAAAAUAAAGAUCUUGUAGGUUGUAUGAAAGUGAAAUUACCAUUACAAUUCAUAUCUGCAUAGAAAAAAAUCAAAUGCCUCAUACU